AUGGUGGGGGAGAUGAUCCACUCAGCAUGGUCCGACUUUGCUGCAGAGCACCCCAGGGUGUUGGAAGCCGCACAACAAUACGGAUCCAACGAGGCAAAGCUCGACCAGACACUGAUUAGCUUGUGGACAGAGAGACUGGAGUCCCUGCUGGAAAUGACGACAUCCGACGGCGUCACACUGAAGGAGGCGGUGGAAUUCAAAUCGCCCUUGCAUGCCGAUCUCUGGGAUGCCUGGCGAGUGAAGGCCAGAGACCCGGAACAAUGCAUAGGACAGUGGGCUAGAGAGGGAGCCCCCCUGGGGAUGGACGUUGAAGUCCAACCCUCAGACAUCUUCCCAUCGGUCGAGUCAGAGGAGCCCUUGGAGACGAGGAUGGAUCUGAGCGACUUGACGGAGCUCCGCAACUAUGAAUCGAUGGAGACACAGAAAGACGAGGCCAUGGUGGAGCUGCACAGGUACCUGGAGAAAGGAUUUGUCCAAAAUCCUCCCGCUGGAGAUGGUGCACCAGAGGUUUCCUUCUGGGAGAGCGUCAAGACUGGCGAUGAUACUGAAGCAGACAGAAGGCGGCCUCGAAAACGGGACAGCACUGUUGUGGGUGGCUAUGCUGUUUGGCUUCAAAGCAGCCCCCCUCAUCAUGGGCAGGCUGAGCGCUGCUAUAGGGUGCUGUACCUGCUGGCAGCCUUUGGAGUUCAGGUGACCAUGCCAAAGCGAGAACGUAGCAAGAGAGUCCAGUGGAAUGGUGGCUACGCGCGAGUUACGGUCCUUCCUGGGCAAGCUUGCGUGGAUCGCUGGGAUAGUGCCUAUAGACUGAGAUGGACGGUGACGUCUCUAUAUGCGGUGCUGGGCAAGGUGCUGCAAGAAGAGGACAAAGAAGAUGAGAGGUCUCAGAAGAGGCUGAAGGACCAGAGGCCCAAACACGGUUUAGUAGCUGUCAAAAGGUUCGGGACAGCUUUGCCAUGGCUUCAGGCGGCAUUCGAGACACCGGACCACAUGCUGGUGCGGUACGAGCCGCUGGACGAGAAGGGUUGGGGGCGUCUCAUCCACCGCGUGGGACCGACGUGGCACAUGGUGGAAGCCUUUGGAGCACAUUCAGGCCUCAGGUCAAGCAGCCUUGGAAGGACUGGCCGUGCUCAGAGCACUUCAAUUCUGGGCAACGAAGUUGCAAGGUGGGCCAGUCGUGGUGAGGUCAGACAGUUCUGUCGCACUUGCCAUGGCGAAGAAGUUGGCGUCACCCACAAAGACGCUGAACUACAUAGCCUCCCAGAUAGCGCUGCUCCUGGAGAAAGUGAGCGUGACAAAGUUGAUCCCGCAGCACGUGCCGGGAAAGCUCAACCUAUCCAGGAGAGGAUCGUGGUGCAAUGCCAGUUUCACUGA